AUGAACCGGAUUGCAUACAGUACUGAUCCUUUCAUCAAUAUACUCUCUUCAAAAUCACUCACAUUCAAACAACUUCAAGCAGACUAUUUACUUGUGUACACGCUUGCAGCAGUUGGUAACAAUCUUCAAGGCCCUUAUCGAUAUGCUAUCCUUCAUUCGUACAAUCUUCAACGAUCUACAAUCGAAGGUCUCUAUCUCUGCGCACAUCUGUCAACACUAUGUCUUGGUACAGUGAUCUCUUCACUCUCAGAUGUAUCUGGACGUCGACUAGCAUGCAUUCUCUCUUCAGUCUUCUACACCAUCCAUUGUCUCUCACUCAACUUCAAUAUCCUCUCUGUUCUUGUGUUGGGAAGUAUAUUUCGUGGUAUGGCUCAUUCGCUCUACAAUACUAACUUCGAAUCUUGGCUGUUGCAAGAACACCAUGAUAACGAUCUUGAUACUGAUUCGCUAAAGCAUCUGCUGCGAAACGCAUUCGUAUGUGCCACUUCGUCAGCAGUAGCAGCAGGUAUCGUUGCUCAACUAUCCGCAAAAUUUCUUGGAUAUGCAGCGCCAUUUGAUCUAGCAGUGGGUGUUUAUUUGAUGAUGAUUGCGUUAACGAUGUGGAGGUGGAAGGAGAACUACGGUGAUCGUGGUGCACGAGUCAUAUCCUCAUUCGUGUCAGCUUUUGAUGUACUUCGGACAGACGCUAGAGUGGUACUAGUUGGACUGGUAACAAGUUUUUUCGAAGCAACUAUUUAUAUUUUCUCGAUAGAAUGGACUCCAUCUAUACAAAAUGCUAAAGUAUGGACAAUAUCCGAUUCUUUACCACUAGGCUUCAUGUUUUCCGCUUUUAUGACAUUUAACAUGAUGGGUGCAUUUACAUUCAAAGCAUUAUCCAAACGCUACAAUGUGCACACAUAUUUACUGGCAAUUAUCAUGGUGGCAAUGAUUGCAGUAGCAAUAGUAGCUAUGUUUUCGAAUAUUCAAUCACUAGUUAUUUUUGGUAUUUUCCUCUUCGAAUAUUGUGUGGGAAUAUACGAACCGUCAAUCAGCUUGUUACGAAAUCAGUAUCUACCAGACUCAGUUCGAUCGACUCUUAUGAACUAUUUUCGUGUUCCCCGAUUUAUUUUCAUGUUUUCAAUUAUCAUUUGGCAUUUUCCUUUGUCUGUGAUAUUCACGUUAUGCGUAUUGAUGCUAUUGUUAGCCGGUGUUUCUCUACUCAUUCUCCGCAAUAUGAAGCAACGUGAAGAAAAUCAGCGUGAAAGUGAAAGAAUGGUGUUGUUGCCAAUUGCUCCGUCUAUGAAUGUGAAAACAACAUUACUGCCUGCAUCGAAUCGGAUGACAAACGGUAUUAAUUAUAAGCACAUCUCGAUACAAGGUGCGAACCCAGAAUAG